CCACACAGCCCGCGGUGAUUGGUCGGGCGGUGUCACGUGACGGCGGCGGGGCGAUCCCGGGCGGUGUGACCGGAGCGGGCGCCCUUCUCCAAUGCGGGGUCCCCUCCUGGCGGCCGCCGGCGGGGCCAUGGGGGGCGCGGGGGGACCCCUGGCCCGCGCCAUCCGCGCCAAGCUGACGGCGGCGCUGCAGCCCACGCACCUGGAGGUUCGGGACGACUCCCCCCGUCACGGGGUGCCCCCCGGCGCCGAGACUCAUUUCGGGGUGCUGGUGGUGAGCGAGAGCUUCUCGGGGCUCCCCCUGCUCCAGCGGCACCGCCUGGUUCACGAGGCGCUGCGGGAGGAGCUGGCCGGACCCCUGCACGCCCUGCAGGUCACCGCCCGCACCCCCCAGCAGUGGCAGCGAGACCCCCGCGCCCCCCCCGCGCCCCCUUGCCUGGGGGGCUCCAAGAGGGACAAACGCCGAGGGAAGGAGGAGGAGGAGGAGGAGGAGGAGGAAGGGCGGCAGUGAGAGCGCCAGGAGCACCCCCAAAACAACGCCGAGCUCCCGGGACCCCCCCCCCCCCCAACCCCGGUGUCAGGAGCGUGGAGGUGGGAGGGGGUAAAAGGAAUGGGGGUGACGCCCACCACCCCCCCCCUGCACCCCCACAGCACCCCCAGACCCUCCAGCACCCCCAGCCUGUGUAGGGGGGAUUUUUGGGGGCGUCCCUCCCCCAUUUAAUGUCCGAAUCCAUUUAAAUAAA